CCUGACAGCUCCUGGAAGCCACAGGAGAGAGCUGAGUGCAGGGUGGGGGCCAAUGGUGGGUAGAUUACCCCAGAAGGUGCAUGACAAUGUCCCCCACCAAAGGUACUAACUCUCCCCUAACACCCCAUGACAUUGUAUGAUUAUGAUAUUUAAGACAGAACAGGAACAAAUUCAUGUCCCCAGAAAUAACACAACCUCAGUCCAUUAGUGAAUCAAUACUACAUUUUCAAGGUACUACAUAUUCCACUAAGUACUGUUUAUCUAUUUGCCUUGAAUAUCCCGCUUUUCAGUGUCAUUUUAGGAUGGUCCUGCGUCAGAAGAUGGGCACGAGAUAAGACAGCACAUCAUUCUUUAAAAAAUCAAGCUGCUUUAUGAACAUUGAUUGAGGAUUUUGAAACUUGCUCAUGAAUUGCUAUCAUUUGAUGACAUUGCAACUUCAUUUCCUAAAAAUUGGGAACAUGGGUAGGAGGUGGGAGAAUGUAGGAGACGCUGACAUAGGAGAAGGUGCUAAUGGAGCUUGAUGUGUUCUCUUUCCCUUAGUUCUCUUCCUUGAAACCAAAACAGGAUUCCCUUUCCUCCCACUCUGAAGAAGGAGAUGGAGAAGACACUCAGAACUCCCGGGGAUGGGUUACCUUUCAUUUCAUUAGGAAUAGAAAUUAAAAUGUGUGAAAUGUGGAAUAUGCUUCAUUGAAUGAGCACACAUAGUUCACAUCAAUGACCUCCAACAGGGGAGAAACCAUUUAAAGGUAUGGAAUGUGGGAAAAGUUUCACUUAUAGUGGAAAACUUAGAACACAUCAGGGGACUCACAUGGGCAAGAAAGGAUUCCAAUGCAGGGAGUGUGGGAAGAAUUUCCGUCAAUGUGGCCACUUAAGUUUACAUCAACAUAUUCACACAGGGGAAAAACAUUUUAAAUGUCUGGAGUGUGGAAAGAGCUUCAGUUUCAAUGGAAGCCUUAGAAGACACCAACAGAUUCACACAGGGGAGAAACCAUUUAAAUGUAUGGAGUGCGGAAAGAGCUUCAGUCAGAGUGGACACCUCAAUAUACAUCAACAGACUCACACAGGGGAGAAACCAUUUAAAUGUAUGGAGUGUGGAAAGAACUUCAGUAAGAGUGGACACCUCAAUAUACAUCAACGGACUCACACAGGGGAGAAACCAUUUAAAUGUAUGGAGUGCGGAAAGAGCUUCAGUCAGAAUGGAAACCUUAAAUCACACCAGCGGACUCACACAGGGGAGAAACCAUAUAAAUGUAUGCAGUGUGGAAAGAGCUUUAAUGAUCAUGGAUGCCUUAGAAAACAUCAACGGAUUCACACAGGGGAGAAACCAUUUAAAUGUAUGGAGUGCGGAAAGAGCUUCAGUCAGAGUGGACACCUCAAUAUACAUCAACGGACUCACACAGGGAAGAAACCAUUUAAAUGUAUGGAGUGUGGAAAGAACUUCAGUCAGAGUGGACACCUCAAUAUACAUCAACGGACUCACACAGGGAAGAAACCAUAUAAAUGUAUGGAGUGUGGAAGGAGCUUCAGUCAGAGUGGAAAACUUAGAAGACAUCAACAGACUCACACAGGGGAGAAACCAUAUAAAUGUAUGGAGUGUGGAAAGAGCUUCAGUCGGAGUGGACACCUCAAUAGACAUCACCGGACUCACACAGGUGAGAAACCAUUUAAAUGUAUGGAGUGUGGAAAGAACUUCAGUAAGAGUGGACACCUCAAUAUACAUCAACGGACUCACACAGGGAAGAAACCAUUUAAAUGUAUGGAGUGUGGAAAGAACCUCAGUCAGAGUGGACACCUCAAUAUACAUCAACGGACUCACACAGGGAAGAAACCAUAUAAAUGUAUGGAGUGUGGAAGGAGCUUCAGUCAGAGUGGAAAACUUAGAAGACAUCAACAGACUCACACAGGGGAGAAACCAUAUAAAUGUAUGGAGUGUGGAAAGAGCUUCAGUCGGAGUGGACACCUCAAUAGACAUCACCGGACUCACACAGGUGAGAAACCA